AAGUACAAUCUUGAUGGCAUUUUCAUAGGAGAAUCAGCAGUUCAUCUAACAAGCUACUUAGGCGUGUUAGCACGCACUAUGGUGCCAAUAAGAUAUAAAACUUGGCAUGUUGUACCUAAACAGUUGAAGGAUAAGUUAUGGGACAGCAUUGAGACUGCUUUUUCAUUAAAUCAUAAAAGCAGGAGGAAUUGUAUGUUAACAAUGGGAAAAUGCUUUCGGUCCUUUAAGAACUUGCUAACGGUGAAGUACAUUCUUCCUUUCGAAGACCAACCGGAGCUCCUCAAAAGACCACCAAUUCAAUAUACUUUUAUUGAGGAUGAAGAUUGGACAAUAUUUGUCAAAGAUAGAUUGUCUGACAACUUUAAGGAAUAUCGAGAAAUUCAAAAAGAAAGAAGAAAGAGAAACAUUUAUAAUCACCAUCUAAGUAGGAAAGGAUAUGCCGGUCUUGAGGAAGAGAUGGGUUAUAUGAUAAUUAUAUUAUACAUUGUCCUAUUUUGA